GCGAACCGUACCUUGCACCUUGGCGUCCUGGAGACAGAAUAGGGGACACUGCAUCUCAAAAAGAUCCGGGGAAAUUUGUCGCGGUCGCAACUGCUCUGCCAUUGCAUGACCAUUGACAGCCUGACUCACGGGAGUGUCAGCACCGAUCACAUCAGUACCAGUCUUGCAGUGGCCGAAAUCUGAACGUGCAACAGUCUCCCAACUAGCAUGACCAUGGCAAUGCCUCAGGGGGACGCGGUAUUCCCGCGGAGCCACGUCGGCUUUGACAGCAUCACCCAACAGAUUGAGAAGAAGCUGUUGAAGCGUGGUUUCCAGUUCAACAUCAUAUGCGUCGGUCAAACCGGUCUGGGAAAGUCCACUUUAAUCAACACUAUCUUCGCCUCGCAUCUCAUCGAUUCCAAAGGCCGUCUGCGACCGGAUGAACCCGUUCGCGCCACGACCGAGAUCCAGACAGUCUCUCACAUUAUUGAGGAAAAUGGCGUGCGGCUGCGGCUCAACAUCGUGGAUACUCCCGGCUAUGGGGACUUGGUCAACAAUGACAGAUGUUGGGACCCGAUUGUGAAGUACAUCAAAGAUCAACACUCUGCCUACCUGCGAAAAGAACUCACCGCGCAACGAGAACGCUACAUCCAAGACACCCGCAUCCACUGCUGUCUGUUCUUCAUCCAACCUUCCGGCCAUGCGCUCAAGCCUUUGGACAUAGUGGUCUUGAAGAAACUGUCAGAUGUCGUCAACGUCGUGCCGGUCAUCGCUAAGGCUGAUUCUCUGACACUCGAGGAACGCCGGGCUUUCAAAGAGCGCAUCAAGGAGGAAUUUGCCUUCCACAACCUGAAGAUGUAUCCCUACGACAAUGAUGAGCUGGACGACGAAGAGCGUGCCACCAAUGCUACCAUCAAGGACAUCAUUCCUUUUGCUGUUGUGGGCAGUGAGAAAUCAAUCAUUGUUAAUGGCAAACAAGUUCGCGGGCGGCAAACCAAGUGGGGGGUUAUCAACGUCGAGGACGAGAACCAUUGCGAGUUCGUCUACCUCCGUAACUUCCUUACGAGAACCCACCUCCAGGACCUUAUCGAAACCACCAGCCAGAUUCACUACGAGACAUUCAGAGCCAAGCAGUUGCUGGCCUUGAAGGAGAGCAGUGCUGCAAGUGGCAUGGGCGGCAGUCGACCCAUCAGCCCGGCUGCAGACCGCGAGCUGAGCAGAGGUUCGCAACGCAUGACCAUGAAUGGAUAUUAAAAAAGUGGCACAUACUAGGUUUGGAAGGGUCCGAUUUCGAGGGGCGAAGGUUGACCUUGAGUGACUGCCAUAUCCUUCUUGUCAGGUUCACUUUUCUUGUUAGCGUCUAUUGAGAGCGUCUCUUUUUUCUUCGGUCGGAUACAAUAAUCCUGAAAGCACUUCAUCCAC